UCACAGGGAUUAGAGAUUAAGACUUCCCCGGCCGCUUUGGUGAAGUAAAUCUGGGGGAUUAUGAUGUCAACAGCCCAUGGCUGCUAGAGAGGAAAUUGAAUUGUGAGGAACGAGAGCACCGAUGGUGCAGGAUUACAGCAUAGUUAGUGGGAAAUCAGAGAUGAGAGUCCAUGUCUGUGCCUUUCUGAUGAUCAGGAAAACCUCCACGGGAAACCACUUAUUGCCUUUGGAAAGUGGAAAUUGCUUACAUGACAGAAAAGACUCUGAGUGAAUAUUUAUGAUGUUGGCUGAGGGAUAAGAAGAUUUCUGUGUCUCUGGUAAUCCUGCUCCAGUCUGGCCUGUGAAGCAUCAGGUGCCAACUGCAGCUGUGACCACUCCCUGUGUUCCUGCUCCUGCUGUUGCCUUCGAAAAACUCUCUAAAAGCCACAGGAUGAAGGUGAAAUGGACACAUCUUGGUUUGGUCUUCUUCCUCAUUUUGUCACUAGUGAUGACAGGCUGCUUCCUCUGGCAAUAUCAACUACCAAAGGUUUUGCCAGACGAAGAGUCGGGUCGCAACACCAAGUCAGAGAUGAUGUGUCCUCGCUUCCCGGAGCCUCUCCCUUUGGACCAUCCUAUUCCCAGUCUCAAAGAAGCUCUGGAAAAGGUGGACGUUUUGCUUCGGCAGAGCAUCAACCCUGUCAGCCUUCCUGCUCUGUCUGCCAUUGUCAUCCUGAAUGACACGGUUUUGUGGACCGGCAACUUUGGAAAAAGGAAUGCCAGCGACCCUUUCUCAGGAUCGCCUAAUGAGUACACAAUCUACAGGAUUGCCAGCCUGUCCAAGAUUUUCCCUACGCUGAUGCUCUACAAACUGUGGGAGGAUGGAAAGAUCGCCUCCUUAGAUGACCCCCUAGAAAAAUAUGUUGAUAACUUCACAAUCAAAAAUCCUCUGGGAAAGACGCGAGACUCGCAGCUGAAGUAUGUGACUGAUGGCCUGAUAUUUCUGGACAGUGGGGAAGUCCAAAUCCGCUCCUCUUCAGUCACUCUGCGCAGGAUGGCAAGCCAGCUCUCAGGGCUCCCCAGGAGACUCCGAGCCACAAAUCUACUCUGGAAAGGCAAAACACAAUCUGCAAUCAAUCUAUUACAAGAUGAUGUCCUUGUUGCAGAUCCAGGAACCAAGUGUCACUACAGCAACCUUGCCUUUUCUUUGCUCGCUCACGUGAUGGCAGAGCGAGUGGUGGGAGUAGAGUACCAGCGAUGGGUCACAGAAAACAUCCUAGACCGUUUGGGGAUGGAAGACACUGGUUUUGGCCUGACUCCUGGGUUGCAAAGUCAGAUGGCUGUGGGGGUUUACUCGAACGGAAAACCCGCCCCCCUCUAUGACCUCGGCUGGUACCGGCCGUCCGGUCAGAUGUUCUCCACUGCCGCAGACAUGGCCAAGCUCGCCAUGAUGCUGCUGGGUACUUACCACCGCAAGCUACUGGAACCAGAUUCCCUGAAGAUCAUGCUGACUCCGCUCUUUAGAUGUGAUAAGGACUACUUUGCAAACCGUACUGGGACACCGUGGGAGGUGAAUGACGUCAUGGGCUAUGAGAUGCUGAGAAAAGAUGGCGACCUGGAUGGCUUCUCCGCAACGUUCUCCCUGGUUCCGAGGCUGAAGCUGGGCCUGGUGAUCCUCAUGGCAGGAAGCAGGUCUCAGAAGCAAGAUGUGGUCACAAAGGCGUACAGCUUCAUUGUUCCAGCCAUAGAAAAAGCUUUCAGGGGAGCCAAAAAGGUCCUCAGUGCUCCCCCAAAUCCAGAGUCUUACAUUGGCUUUUACACAUACAGCAACAUCACUUUCUAUGAGAUCAAACUAGGAACAGAUGGAGUUCUGAUCAUGCAGCAGUUUGGUCCUCAGAUUGAAGAGUUGAUCCCGGAGAAGUACAGGACAAUAAAGCUGAACUACCUGGUCGAUCGGGUGUUCAAAGUUGUAUUUGAAAAUGAGUACCCUUGUGUUUUGCGAGUGGGUACAGCCUCUGUGUCACUGGAAGCCCAAGACGGCCAACUUUUUAACUUCUACAUAUUUAAUAAGCAGGGCUUGUCCCCUGGCUUUGAUGCACCGGGGCUUAACACGUACAAUGUUGUCAGAAUUGCACGCAGGCCGUCCUUCUCCAGCUGAACUACUGCCAUGCUGCGGCCAAAAGACAAAUGGGGUAACCCUGGGCUGUGAGGAAAGCUGGAAACAGAGAGAACGUUGCAUCAUUGGGAGAUAAGCAAGUCCUUGAAAGUCCUCUGGAAGGACAAAAAUUUACAGACAAUGUCUGAACUUCUCCACUGAAACUCAGAGUCACUGUCAUGACAUGAAGGAGGACACAAUUACCUGCUGCAGGUCAAAAUGACAAGAUGCAGCAGCUUUGAAAAUAUUCCUUUUAUGCCAAAAAUUCAAUGCAAUAGAGAAAAAAACUUGCUUCAUUACAAGCAGCACAAACCUGACCAAUAAAGACAAUCGAUAAAGGGUAAAAUCUGGCAUUUUACUGUUUUACUGUUCCUUGGGUGAUGUAAUUGUUGAAAUGGAAAAGGUUUAGCCUCGUAUGAAACAUCAUCUGACUGUAUUUGUGUCGUCACAGCCAACAGACUGACUCAAUAUUGUGGUUGGUUAGGGAAAAAUAUUAAACUGUGUCAUGCAAAGCAGUGAACCGAACUGGAGCAAAACUAUGCCAACAUGCUAAUUACUGCACUGAGUUCCUGCUAUUGUUCCAGCUUGUUAUUUUUUUUAGCAAAAUGUAACAUAAGUUUUCUGCAGCCUUUUGAAAAGAAAUAUGCACUGCAAUCAUAAUGCUUCAUAUAACAUCUCUUUAGUAUCCCAGGUACGAACAUUAUGAAAAACUCAACAUUUAUUUGUGUAAUUUUUUUAAUAUGAGGCAUUGCAUGAUAGCCAUAAUCAGUUUUCAUCGUUGCAAUCACUGCGACAAACAGCUUACCAUUCAUUCAAAUCACGUAGGUGAUUGCUGGCCAUGCAACAAGAGAUGUGACAAGAUUAAGAGAAGCUCACAGAACAGCAUUACAUCCUAUGUUUACAUGUAUCUCUGAAACGCGACUUCUUUUUGUGUUACAGCAACACACUGUGUUUUUCUAUUGAGUUCAGCAUGUUGUCCAUGACAUUGCACUUGAUUUUUCCACUUUCUUCACUGGAGUUAUCCUAUAAAGGCAUACAGCAGUUACAGAACACAAACAGCAGAGGGCGAACAUGCAGGCACCGAUAAGCACAUCGCUGACAGCGGCAACAAACAGAGAAAAGCUCCAAAUCUGCACUCAGGCUUUUUAUAAUAGCCUGUUUUAAAUGUGAAAGAACAAUUCAACAUUGUGGAUAUUACAAUUAUUCAUUGUUUGUCAAAAACUACGUGAGAAUAAAGAGAAUAAUGCAUGAUACUGGAGGUAGGAGGCAGAUGACCCAAAGAGUUGAACAGGGAAAACACUUUUUAAAUACCUUUUUUUUUGUAAAUUUGUACAAUCAUUUUUAAUGAACAUUUUUGUGUGAUUGUAUUUUUUAAAAAGAUGCAGUUUUAGUUGUUGAGCUUUGAUACAAUUAGCAAAUGAGAUCAAAUGUAUUAAAAUGUGGAAACCUUGAAGCCAGUUUUCCUAAAUUUGGAGCAGCGCUCUAAUUAGGGUGCCACCUCUUCAAAUUUAUUUUUGGUGCAUUCAGUUUUUUUUCUAUCUUUUUUGUUUCUUUUUCACUGGCACCUCUCACAGCUGUCAGAGUUUCUUUCUGCCCUCUGAAUACUAGGUUUUCUGGGUCUUGCAUAAUAGACCUUAAUAAAAUGCAUUAUUAAAAUUG